AUGAGAGUUCUCAUGUGGUCUUUCUUCUUCUUCGCUCUUCCCUUAUACGUGGAAAUGAGUGACCUGCAAGAUGAUGGGUUAUUGAAGACACCGAAGGGAAACCUUUAUGCUUUAUUGGUAGCUGGUUCAAACGGAUGGUGGAACUAUCGUCACCAGGCUGACACCGCUCAUGCCUUUCAAUUGCUGAAAAAGAACGGAGUUCCUGAAGACAAUAUCAUAGUUAUGAUGUACGACGACAUUGCUGAUGAUCCAGACAACCCAUUUCCUGGAAAGCUCUUCAACCGACCACAUGGUCCUGAUGUCUACGCUGGGCUGAAGAUUGACUACAAGGGCGAUUCUGUCACUCCCGGAAAUUUUUUAAAUGUCCUUCAAGGUAACGCUCAAAACGUAACGGGAGGCAAUGGACGAGUCAUUAACAGCACUUCCCAUGACCGCAUCUUCGUCUACUUCACUGACCACGGCGGCGAUGGCCUAAUUGCCUUCCCGGACGAUAUCCUAACGAAAGAGGAUCUGAACACGGCGCUUCAGAAUAUGUAUGAGGAUAAGCGCUACGAUGAAUUCGUUUUCUACUUGGAGGCGUGUGAAAGUGUAUAUGCGAUGACUGCUUCGAAUCCGGACGAGUCAUCUUGGGGAACGUAUUGUGACAACGACAUGAACCUGCCAUGUCUCGGCGAUCUUUUCUCAGUAAACUGGAUGCAAGACUCUGAAGCGGUACAGUUCUAUUCUAUUUGCUUUGGCCAAGGCGAAAGUGGAACCAGUGGCAAUCACAACGUUGAUGUAGAGACACUUCUAGUACAAUUCAAAGAUGUGAGAACACUUACAAACUUAUCACAUGUGAUGCAAUACGGUGACCUUAAAAUCACAAAAGAAACAAUUGGCACGUUUGAAGGAAGCAGCAAAAAGAAGAUAGCCGGCCCAUCGCCCUUAAUGGAAGACAUCAAUCAGGACGAGCAUCAGAAGGUUUCCUGGCCUUCAAGAGAUAUCGAGCUCAUGCAUCUGCAGAAACUUCUGAAAACCACAAACGACGCACUGAUGUCGAAAGUUCUGGAACAGAGGAUCAGUAAAAUUUUCGAGGAUAGAUACAAUAUUGAAGCACUAUUCGACAGACUUGUCGCCAGUCUUCUAUCCAACGCCAAUGACAGGAAACGCAUGAUCGAGGAGCGAAAUGUUGUCGAAGAUCUGAAGUGCCACAACGACGUAGUGAAGGCGUUCGACUCGAUUUGUGUCGACGUGAACAAGUUCGACUAUGCCUUAAAGUACAUGUACGUGCUGAACAACUUGUGCAAGAAUGUUCACGAUUCCAUGAAGAUCAUCAACGCGAUGCACACUACUUGCUCAACGAUUGGCGAACAUUAUCUAUAA